AUAAGUGCUCUAUUAUGACGCAAACGUUCGGUUGCGUGCGUGACUAUAAAAUAGCCCGACAAUCACGAUUCAGUAUCAUUUCGAACAGUUUGAAUAAUAAGGAGAGUUUUUAUCUGUGGGGUCCAAUGGACCAGUACCCGGACUUUUUGUCCACCCUUAACCGACGCGCACGCUAUCUCCUCGGUGUAGCCUUUGGCGAUGUGGCGCAGGAUCACCACCAGCAGGCGCUGAAGACCGAGAACCUGCUGGAGGAGAGCAGGUGUGUGUGCGCACGCUGUGACGGAGGCUAAACAGAAUGAAGAAAAUGCCUCUCUGGAGGCAAAGUUACAAGCGCAGAGGGCCUCUCUGGAGUUGGAGUUUGAGAAACAGAGGGCGUCUCUGGCAGCGGCGUGGAGAGAGGAAAAGGCCUCUUUGGAGGCGGAUUGGAUGGCGCAGAGGGCGCAUUUGGAGGAGGAGUGCCAGCAGCAUAGGGCGUCUGCAGCGGCUGCUGUGGACGCAGAGCGCAAGAAGCUGUUUCGGUUUGUGUCUUCAGUGACCAGGCAGCUGUAUGGGCAGCGCAAGCAGACCGCCCUCCUCCGCGCAGCCCAGUACGAGCGACUGCUGGUCGACCUAAAGAAGCAGGCCACUCGGUGGAUGGUGGCACCAUGGGAUUGCCCGGCCAGUUGUGAUAAUGCUGAUGUUCCGAUGGUCUUCUCUUCAUGGAGCCUGAGGGAGGAGACCAGGAGGAUCCAGGAGGACAUGCCCCGCCUGUACAACCACUUGGAGGAGUACUAUCAGCAUGAGAAGAUGCUUCAGCACCUUCUGGAGCAACAGAGAAGAGAGUCAGAGCUUGAGGGGAGGGCGUACAUCAAGUGCCAGGUCCUGCAUGCCAAAUACGUCAAGGAGGAAGCAAAGAGGCAGGAGGCUGAGCGGAAAAAGAGAGCGGAGCUUCAUGCCAGGCUGCUCAAAGAAGCGGAGAAGAGAUGGGUCGCCGCACAGAAGAAACAGAGGAAGAGCGAGGAGAAGGCCAGGAGGGAGGCGGAGAACAUUGAGAAGAAGAAGAAGGCAGAGCAGGAGAAAAAAGAGGCCAAGGAGGCAGCCAGGGAGGAGAGGGCAGCCGCAGGAGGAAAGAGCUGGUUCAGAAGACUCCUGUGCUGCUGCUUCAGAAGGAGGGCCACUGCAGCUAACUGAGCUGUGCUCCUGUCCCCCCCUGUCUGUCUGUGUGUGUGUGUGUGUGUGUGUGUGUGUGUGUGUGUGUGUGUGUGUGUGUGUGUGUGUGUGUGUGUGUGUGUGUGUGUGUGUGUGUGCCCCAUGUCCCCGUCUGUGAUUGUCAUCUGUCCUGUCCUGUCCUGCCCUGCCCUGCCCUGCCCUGCCCCGCCCUGCCCUGCCCUGCCCACCAGUGACUUGCCUUCCUAGUUGUCUCACCAUUUUUGCAAUGUGUAGUCAGUCCUACUGUAUUCUCCCUGUUCCUGUGCAUAUGUCUGUAACGUGUUUUGUAAAUACCCCACCCCCCAACUCCACACCUGUAAAUACCCCCAUCCCAUGUUUUGUAAAUCCCCCCCCCCCCUUUUUUUUGUAAAUACCUCCU